AUGGAACCUAAGAUUUUAGACAAUCAAAACAUAGAACCUAAAGUAUUAAACAAUCAUGAUGCAGAACUCGAAAUAUUAGCAGCAUAUGAUAAAUUUUCAGUUGGCAAAACUUUUAAAGACUGGGAUCAGGUAGCAGACUUUAUAAAGAAAUAUGCUAGUGUUAAAGGUCAUGGAAUACGAAUUGGCGGUGGUGGAAGAGUAAAUACAAAAACUAAAAAAAUAAUAAAACGAUCGUAUUUGUGUCACCAUGCUGGAAAGCCAGCAAAAUCAAGCGAAGUGUCUUGUCGAGUAGAAUGCCCAUGGAAAGUUAAUUUUUGGUUCAAAAAUGAGAAAAAUUGUAUUGAAGUCACGACUUUUAAUAAUGAGCAUGUGGGUCAUGAGCUUAAUCCACUAGCAAGCUAUUUCGAUCCAACAUUACGCAAGUUACCUAAAGAAAUUGUAGAAGAAAUUCGUUUUUUAACAACCAUUGCAAAGGCGGAUGCAACUAUGCAGUAUAGAAUAAUUAGAGAAAAGUAUAAUGUUAGAAUAUACCGACCAGAUCUGUACAAAACAAUUCAAAUGUUUCGGCGUGAUUCUGAACCAGGUGAAGAUGACGCAGGAAUGUUAUGGGAGAAACUACUGCAAGAUUAUCCACAAGCUAGGAAUUAUUUAAUGAGGUCUUUGGGCUGUUGUAUUAAAUCAUGGGCACGUACAUUUACCAGUAGAUAUUUCACAGCUGGUGUACAAUCAACUUCCCGUAACGAGGGUGAGAACUCAGCAUUAAAACGUCUUUUUGGGAGUUCAAGUCUUUCAUUAUGCGAGCUAUUUGAGGCCUUAGAAGAAAGAUACCAAGAAGAAAUCGAUUACUGCAAGUUUGUAAGCUGGAAACAAACUAUUCCACAAAUAGGACCAAAAAAUAUGGCAAAAACUAUUUUUGAACCCGUAGUACAACAACUAAACGAGUUUGUAAUGCCAAACAUAAUGAAAAAACAGGAGGAGCAAAUGAAUUUGAGCUUUUAUUAUCAUGCUAUUGAGGUUGAUCUUGAAGUUAUAUUCUCUAGAGAGAGGGAAGUUGAUGAAUCUGAACAAUGUAUUGAUAACUUGUUUGACUGCCCACAAAUGCAACUGAAAUCAUUUCUAAACGAUUUUUCAAUAAUUGUUGAAUCUUGGGAAGUUAUGCACUUAAUAAGUUCUGGCACUUCUCAUUUUGUACAUCUUUUGAACGAUGGCACUUUUCUUUGCACUUUCAUUUCCUCGAAUUUAUCUAUGUCAACAUCAAAGGCACAUAAUUUGCCAACACAAUUUUUGCAUAGCGAAUUCAACACUAAUAUAGCUGAAGAAUUUGCAAAUAAUAACCAAUCUCCUGAUGAAAUAUCUAAGGCUAUUUCGAAAAAGCGCAAGUUUGGUGAACUUUGGGGAUUAGGAAGAAAAAUAAUGAUUAAUGCAAUUGAGAAUAGCAGUGAAGAACUUUAUCAUGAACUUCUUGGAUUUUUUACCUCAAUCCAAAACAGAACAUUGCCGCGGAGAGUUAUUAGCAAAGUUAAUGAUGGUGAUGAUUUUAGCCAUAAUAUUAACAAUAAUGGUUGUAUGAUAGAUAUUCGAAAUCCUGUUAAAAGAAAAUCAAAAGGUCGUCCAAAAUCAACAAGAAUUGCAAAUGCCUUUGAGAAGUCCGAUACAAAAAUGAGUUACAAGUGCAAGUUAUGCAAAAAAAAGGGGCAUAAUAGCAAAACUUGCAAAGAAAAAUCAAACAUUUAUGCAAAUAAUACAAAUGGUGAAAUUGAAAGCUUAAUUUUGACGAUUAUAACCUACCAAUUUGUUACACAAACGGUUGUUAAUUUAGGUUCUGAAGAUAACGAAGAAUCGUCGACCACGUCUACAAGUCACGAAAGUGUUCGAGAGAUGUCUGAUACAGAAGAAUUCGUAGAACCAAGUAAUCCUGUGGUGUUAAUUUCGGCACCUACGCAACCAAUUGACUUUCAAAAUCGUGAACAUACACAAAGACAAUGUAGUAUUUGUCAUAGAAAGGGGCAUAAUUCCCGAACUUGUCAAAAUAAGAUUUAG